AGACGACGACGCAGACCGAGCAAGAUGCCGACGGUGUUCAGUCAGCUCGCAGUGCUCUGUGAGGCAGACGCAGAGACCGACAAGAUCUUGCUCGAGCAAGCAAGCCGAGUUGCUCCUCUGCUGCUCGAUCUGGCCUCUUUCGAGUCACUUGCCAACACUGCAUCAGCCUUGCUCUCCUCGUCCGAAGUCUGGCUCGAUCUGUCGUCUCAGCCCGAUGUGAGCACGUUGGCAAGCAAGCAGCUCGAUGGGGGCAUCUCAAGGGUCGUUGUAGCACCCGCUACGACUGAGGAUGCUCAACAGCUGCUUCAGGCCGGCUUGCCCACUGAGAGACUCGUUCUGCGCUUGUCACCCGAGAGUUCCAUCUCAUUGCCGAGCAUACUAGAAAGGACUUCACUCACUGCACUUCUCGUCGACAUGCCGGUCGCGCAAGAUGGACAGAUUGAUUCUGCCGUCUUGGCCAGCUUCAGAGAGGCACUCGGCGGCAAAGCGAGCCGAGAGACCAUCUCGCUCUUCAUACGACCUACGUUCACGACCCAAGAGACUCUGGGAGUGGACGCGAGAGAUGCAAUCAGGUCGAGCUUCGUAGCAGGCACGCCAGUGCUUGACUUGCGUUCCCGAGACGGUCUCGAGCAGAUCACCUCGGCUUUCCUGAGCGCGCUCAAGACAGAUCGACCUGAUGCGCUCUAUUCUACAGUCGUAGCUAGCUCGACGGCUUCGCGUCUGCCCCUUGGACUCGUCUACUCUUCCGCCGAAUCCAUCAAAGCUUCUAUCGAAACAGGUCGGGCAACUUACUUCUCGCGCUCUCGUAAUGAAAUCUGGAAGAAAGGCGAGACGUCAGGCGCGACCCAAGUGGUCGAGCGCAUUCUGAUCGACUGCGAUGGAGAUGCUCUCCUCUUCUCGGUCGUCCAGAAACAGGGCACCUCGUUCUGUCAUACCGAAAAGUCAGUCUCUUGCUUUGCACCCCUGCAAGGUUUGGCAGAUCUCGAGCAGACGCUCUUACAACGCAAGGCCAACUCACCAGCUGGAAGCUACAGCAAGCGAUUGUUCGACGAUAGCGCCUUACUCGAGGCUAAGAUCAGAGAAGAGGCGGACGAAGUGUGCAGGGCGACAACUAAGGAAGAGACUGCAGCGGAAGUCGCAGAUCUCAUCUACUUUGCUCUCGCCCGGUGUGUGAGCAAAGGUGUCACGCUAGCAGACGUUGAAGCUGUCCUGGACAAACGAGCGCUCAAGCUCACUCGUCGACCGGGCAAUGCCAAGCCUGCCUUUACCAACGGCGCGAACGGCGAUAAGCAAGAAGAAGCAGUAGCCAAUCUAGCGAAUCGAUCGACCGUGCUACCCAUUGCUCAGCUGAAUGGUACACAUCCCGAAGCGAGCCAGCCCAAUGGCCGCAUCGUGCCGCCUAUCUAUACCCUUGCAGACUGUUCUGCCAAAGAACGCCAGGCGCUCCUGAAGCGUCCUCUCGUAGACUCGAAAGACAUGGUUGCAAAAGUCCAACCCAUUCUCGACACAGUGCGAACCGGCGGCGACGUCGGACUGAGAUCCUUCAUCGAGAAAUUCGAUCGCUGUCCUCUCGCUGCUUCAUCGCAAUGGUCUCAUACCCUCACAGCGCCUUUCCCAGACGAAUUGGCGCGAAUAGAUCCCAAGACCAAAGCAGCGAUCGAUGUCGCGUUCGAGAACAUCAAGCUCUUCCAUGCUCGUCAGAUGGACAAGGAAUCUGUCGUUCUCAAAGUCGAAACCAUGCCCGGUAUAGUUUGCAGCCGCUUCGCGAGACCUAUCGAUAGAGUGGGACUAUAUGUUCCCGGUGGAACGGCUGUGCUACCGUCUACUGCCAUGAUGCUCGCUAUUCCUGCUCAUAUCGCUCAAUGUCCUUUCAUCUCCAUCGCCACGCCACCUUCGUCAGAAGGCAAGGUCAGGCCCGAGAUCGUCUAUAUCGCUCAGAAAUGCGGCGUUCAUCAGAUCGUCAUGGCGGGAGGAGCACAAGCUGUGGCUGCGAUGGCCUACGGCACAGAAACAGUGGGCAAAGUCGACAAGAUCUUCGGACCCGGCAAUCAAUGGGUCAAUGCCGCAAAGAUGGCCGUAUCCAUGUCGAUGGGAGACGCCGUCAGUAUCGACGCACCCGCCGGUCCGAGCGAAGUCCUCGUCAUUGCCGAUCGUACUGCAGAUGCAGCUUUCGUCGCUUCCGAUCUGCUUUCUCAGGCAGAACACGGUCCAGAUUCUCAAGUUGUCUGCUUGGCCAUCAACCUGACGGACGAUCAUCUGACGGCCAUACAAGAUGAGAUUAACAAGCAAGCUUCAGUCCUACCUCGAGUGGGCAUCGUCAAGCAAGCCAUCUCGAAAUCGCUCACUGUUCGGUGUGCACAUCUGAAGGAAGCGCUUGCAUUCAGCAAUGACUAUGCACCAGAACAUCUCAUCCUUCAUCUUGAGGAUGCGCCCGGCGCUCUGGACCAUGUCAGAAACGCAGGUAGUGUGUUCGUGGGUGCCUAUAGCCCAGAAUCGUGCGGAGACUAUGCCUCGGGCACGAACCACACGCUCCCUACUGCGGGCUACGCGCGCCAGUACAGCGGUGUUUCCACAUCGGCUUUCUUGAAACACAUCACUUCUCAGCAAUUGACGGCAGAAGGUCUCGACAAGCUCGGACCAUCUGUCGUCACGCUUGCGGAAGUCGAAGGCCUCGAGGCUCACGCGAAUGCUGUUCGAGUGAGAUUGCAGCGUCGAGGCGCAGAGUAG